AUGAGGGGCUUGGUCUAUGCGCAGAAGGGCGCGGGCGGCGUGAUUACGGACUGGGCGGGGCGGCCGCUGAUGUGGCACCCGCAGAGCGCGGACGCCCAGGUAUCCCCGGGGGAGGUGCUGGCAGCGGGCGACGCGCGGGUGCACGCGCAGGCCAUGAGCAUCCUGGACUGGCGGCUGCUGGAGGGAGUCGUCGGCCUGGCAGCGGCGCGCACAGAGCCGCAACAGCAGCCGCCCACGCCCGCCCCUCGGCAGCGCCUUGCAGGCGGCGACGCCGCAGUCGUCGCCGCCGCUGCCGCCACAGCCCACCCCGCCCCCACCCUACUGGAGCCCGACGCGGGCGAUUUCGGCAGCUUUGUGGCGCAGGUCGAGCGCUGGGUUGCGGCCGGGAAGCAGCCCAAUGAGUCUACGUGGCAGCGGCUCGAGCGGGACUCCCACCCGCUGCUGCGUGGCGCCGCGCCCCAGUCGGUGGCCGCCCUGAUCACCUCAAUGUGCGCCGCCAACCGCCGCCCGUCAGCCGGCUGGCUCGCGGCGGCGCAGCACGAGCUCGCCGCCGCCUCGGAGCGCGGCGACGCGGCGCCGCACUCUGUCGCCGCGUGGGCCGCCGUGCUGUCGGCGCUGGCCAAGUGCGGCGCCGUCGAGCGCCGCUGCUCCAAGGCCGCGCUCGCAGACACCGCGCAGCAGCUGCAGUCGGCGCCGGCGCCCGCGGUCGCGCAGAUGCUGUGGGCAGUCGCCAAGGCGCGCGCCACGCCGUCGCCGUCGUGGCUGCGGGGCCUGCGCGCCGCGCUGGAGCGCGGCGCCCCGGACCUGAGUGCGCCGCAGCUGGCGGGCUGCCUGCGGUCGCUGGCGUUCCUGGCUGACCGCGUGGACGAGGGCGAGCUGCGCGGCACCGCGGCGCGCCUCGCGGAGCAGCUGGCGCUGCGGCCGGGGGGCGGCGGGGCGGGGCCAGGGGAGCUGUCGCAGGCGCUGUGGGCGCUGGCGAGGCUGGGCCAUCGCGCUGAUGAGGAGAACGAUGGCCCCUGCCCCGUGGUGGCGCUGCUGCUGCCCAUACACCAGCAGCUGCCACGCCUCACCUCAGGCCAGCUCAGCAGCCUGCUGUGGGCGCUGGCCAAGCUGAACGCCCCUGCGGCCCACCUGCUGCCGCUGCUGUUCGAGGAGGCCGCGGCCCAGAUGCCCGCGAUGACUAACAAGGAGUUCUCACAGUCGGUCUGGGCGCUCGCGAAGCUGAGGCCCCCGAGGGCAGCGCGGCGGCCGCCGGUGGCGUUUGUGGACCGGCUCUGGCAGCAAGCACACCUGCGCUCGGGCCGCCUGGCCCCCGCGGAUAGCACGCGCCUCAUCUUCAGCGUCGGCCGCCUGGGCCUGGACGUGCCCCCGCGCUGGCUGGCCGGCGAGCUGGCGGCCGCCCAGAAGUCGCUGGGCAGCUACCGGCCUGAGGAGCUGGUGGGCACGCUGGUGUCUCUGGCGCGGAUGGGGCGGUCGCCGGGGGCGGGCUGGAUGGCGGCGCUGGAGGAGGCCACGCGGCUGGAGGAGUUCACGCUGCAGGAGAUUGUCAACACGCUGUGGGCCUUUGGCGCCCUCGGCCACACCCCCAGCCUGCCCUGGCAGCACGCCUGCGUCACAGCGCUGCGCACAGCGUGCGCCGAGUCGUGCGGCACGUCGGAGCCCUUUGACCCUGAGCAGGCCGCCGCGCUGCUGCACGAGGCGGGGCUGCUGCCGGUGCUGCGCGACGCGGUCGCGGAGCAGGUGGCGGCGGCGGAGGCGGGGGGCGGGCCUGCUGGCGCCGAGGGCGGCUGCGGCGGCGGGGAGACCUGCCCGCUCAGCCUCGGGUUUGAGCUGCCGCUGGGGGCGGCGUGA